AUGCCUUCUUUCAGCUUCCCGAAUAUGCUUCCCAAUAUGAUGGCGGCUAAUAUGAUGGGUCUUGGAGGACUCAACCUCCUUCAACAGCAACAACAGCAGUUCCAGAUGCAAUUGCAGCAACAGAAUCAACCCCAACGAAAGUCUCUCUUUGCUCCUUACCUUCCUCAGGCUUCUCUUCCCCCACUCCUUGCCGCUGGAAAACUUGUCGUUGGUAUUCUUCGUGUCAAUAAGCGCAACCGUUCCGAUGCAUACGUCGCUACAGAAGUUUUGGAUGCUGACAUCUAUAUCUGCGGCUCCAAGGAUCGUAAUCGUGCUCUCGAAGGUGAUAUUGUUGCCGUCGAACUCCUCAACGUUGAUGAAGUCUGGGCAACCAAAAAGGAAAAGGAGGAGAAGAAGCGCAAGAAGGAAGAAAAUGCUGCAUACGAUAUCCGCGCUACCGCUGGACGUAAGAACGAGAAGAAGAAGGACGAUGUCGAGGUCGAGGGACAAGGUCUCGGCUUAUUCGAGGACGAAGAAGUGACCGACGAAAUCAAGCCUCAGUUCGCAGGACAUGUCGUUGCCGUCGUCGAGCGUAUGCCUGGUCAAUUGUUCUCUGGCACUCUAGGUCUUCUCCGUCCAUCAUCUGCUGCUACGAAGGAAAAGCAGGAAGCUGAACGUCGUGAACGCGAAGGCGACCGUGGCGAUGAGGGUGCUAAGCGUGUGCCCACUGAACGCCCCAAGAUCGUCUGGUUCAAGCCCACUGAUAAGCGAGUCCCUCUCAUCGCUAUCCCCACCGAGCAAGCACCUCCCGACUUUGUCGAAAAUGCCGAAGCGUAUGCAGACCGCCUCUUCGUUGCGUGCAUCAAGCGUCAUCCUAUCAGCUCCUUGCACCCAUUCGGGACGUUGGUCGAAGAGCUCGGCCCCAUUGGAGACGUGGAAGUAGAGACCA